AUGGCUUGUUUUUUUGCGUGUAUUGCGGUGUUUUUGACGAUUUUGUACCUUAUUUGGAAACGUACCAUCAAAAAUUUCAAAUAUUUCGAAGAAAAUCAAAUUCCGCAUUUGCCUGGCUACCCAAUUUUCGGAUCGUCCUGGAAAGAAGUCUUCACGAGAAAAGCGUUUCCAGAAGUUCUUCAAUCGUACAUGCAAAAAUUUCCGUCACACCGGUUUUUUGGCAUUUACAGCAUGGGCGGCAAUAAAACGUUCGUGUUGCAAGACCCGGAACUCAUCAACGAACUAUGCGUAAGGAAUUUUGACAAUUUUGUGAAUCAUCCGCAAUUUUUCACGUCCACGCACGACGAACUUCUAAACAGUUCACUCACAAUAUUACGCGACCAAAAAUGGCGUGAUAUGCGAACGACCCUGAGUCCAGCGUUUACGGGUUCCAAAAUGCGUAUGAUGUUUGAUUUAGUGCGUGAGUGUGCUGAGGACUUUGUCACGUACUGCAAAGAAAAUGUCAACAAGGACACAAAAACGAUGGAAAUUGACACAAAAGACAUUUUCUCAAAAGUGGCCAUAAAUGUAAUUUCUAGCACGGCCUUUGGUUUGAAAGUCGAUUCAGUGCGUGAACCGGAAAAUAUUGUAACAUUCCACACCAAACGUGCCUUUGAUGGGUCAAGUUUCACGGCAAUCCUGAGACUCAUGACGAUUAUGACACUGCCAAAAGUCGCGGAUUUUUUCAAGAUCAGCUUCACUCCAAAAACAUCGCAGGAUUUCUUCAGAGAUUUAGUUAAAGACACAAUCGAUCAUCGUCGUCAGACCAAAGAAACCCGCAAAGAUGUCAUUCAGCUGCUGAUCCAAGCGCAAGACGGUACCUUAAAAUAUUCCGAGGAUGAAAAUAACGAAAAAUCUUUUGCUGUUGUCGAAGAAUCUGAAAUCGGAAGAAGAAAUAUUUCAACAAAACAAUGGAGUGAUACUGAUAUUGCAGCUCAAUGUUUCUUAUUUUUCGUAGCUGGAUUCGAUACCACAUCGAGUUUGCUUACCUUUUUGACAUACGAGCUGGCCCUGAAUGAGGACUAUCAAGAAAAGUUGUUUCAAGAAGUUCAAAAAACGAAAUGUAGCCUAAGAAAUGGAUCAAUCACGUAUGACGCGUUACAACAAAUGGAGUAUUUGGACGCUUUUGUUUCAGAAGUUUUGCGUUUCCAUCCACCAAGUGUUCUUACUGAUCGCGUAUGCAACCAAGACACCCUAAUAUUUGAUCACAAUGACCGUCAAUACACAAUUCCCAAGGGAGCACAUAUUUGGAUGAACAUUUAUGGCAUUCAUCAUUCCCACAAAUACUUUGCGAACCCAACGAGAUUUGAUCCUGAAAGAUUUUUGGGCGUGAAUAAGAAAAAAAUUGUUUCUGGCAGUUUUAUGCCUUUCGGAGUUGGUCCACGUGCCUGUAUUGGUACACGGUUCGCCUUGAUGGAAGCGAAGCUCGUUAUCUACACGCUGUUAUCGGAGUUUAAAUUUAAAAUUUGCGAUAAGACAUUGGUGCCGAUGCAGUAUGGGGACGGAUUCUCGUUGACACCAAAAGUACCGUUGAUCGUUGAAUUGGAAAAACGAGUUAAAUGAAUAAAAUUUUGUUAGUCGUGUUAAAAUAAUCCUGGACCCAUUCAUCAA